AUGGCGUCGCUGUUUAGACGAGGGAACGCCGCUGGCUCCGCUGCCGCAGCCGAAGCAAAGGCAAAGCCAGGAGCAGCAGGCAAACAGCCGCUGACUCUGAAGCAGAGGCAGCAGCAGCAGGCCAAAAUGAGAGAGGCUCUGCUCAAGCAGCAGCAGCAGCAUCAAGGCAAAACAUUUGCAGCCCCCAAACUCAAGACUAAAUUCGUCUCUAAAGUUAAGCGGCCUUUGGGAGUCCACGACGCGUCAGAGCCACCUCAAGGCCCUCCUGGUCAGCCUUCGUCCGUUCCAGCAGCAAAAAAAGCUCCAGCAGGAGCUGCAGUACCCCCCCCAAAGGCGAAGCCUCCUGCUGCGCUACAUCCUGAAUCCAUUGGAGCUCCUAAGGCACCUUCUAAAUCCGUCAUUCCUCCUAAAGGCCCUGCUGCAGCUCCCGCCACAGCCGCUGCUGCUGCGAAGCCUGCCAUUCUGCCUAAGGGGCCUGCUGCAGCUCCCGCCACAGCCGCUGCUGCUGCGAAGCCUGCCAUUUUGCCUAAGGGGCCUGCUGCAGCUCCCGCCACAGCUGCUGCGAAGCCUGCCAUUUUGCCUAAGGGGCCUGCUGCAGCUCCCGCCACAGCCGCUGCUGCUGCGAAGCCUGCCAUUUUGCCUAAGGGGCCUGCUGCAGCUCCCGCCACAGCUGCUGCUGCUGCGAAGCCUGCCAUUUUGCCUAAGGGGCCUGCUGCAGCUCCCGCCACAGCUGCUGCUGCUGCGAAGGUCCUAGUUACACCCAAAGAAGCUCCCAGUACCAAGCUUGUACCAAAGACUAUCCCCUCGCCGGCAGUUCUGCCGAAGGUAGUUCCUAAGGCCCCCCUAAUGCCAAAGCAGCCCCCGAAGAUGGCACCAGAUCUCCCCCCGAAGCCUCCCCCAGCGUCUCCGUCACCAAAAUUAGUAUCGCCCGAACCAGAUGCAGCAGCACCCGCUAAAUUGAAGCUUGCAGCUGGGGAGGCAGCUCCUAAGAGAAGCCUCGCGGAUUUAUUGGCAGCUGAAAAGAAGGGUCCGGCUCCUAGAAAAACUCUUGCUGAACUUUUGGGGGGCAAGGGAGGCGCUGACGGGGGCCCUGAGACGGGUUCCACCAGGGGGGGCCCCCUUGCAGGCUCCUCAUCAGCGAAGCAGAUUGCACAAACGCGAGAUGCAAUGGACGCAGCGGCAGCAGUUGCAGCCUAUGCUGCAGCAAACCCUGAAGCCUUUGCCGCCUCCCUUGGUCCGGCUGCGCAUCUGAAGGUGGAAGUUAUGAAGCACAUAAGCGAACAAAGCCCGCACAUCCCUGAAUCGUCGCUUGCGACUGCGAUGAAGAAAAUACCAGCUGUGGAUGCGGCCUUCAUAUCCUUGAGAGUGUACCUCGGGGAGAGGUGGCACCAAGAGAGAAAGCGGCUUUUGGACUCCUCCGCUGGACGAAAAACUGAGGGAGCGGCCCCUAUACAAAGUUCGAAGGCUGUGCUCGGUAAGGAUGCCUCCCCCAAAUCUGAUGCCAAAGAGGGGCCCCCCAAGAAGGAGGGGGCUUCUGCGGAAGCCUCAGGGGCAGACGACACCCUCUCUGCGGAGGCCCUUGCUCGGCGUGCUCUGUUAGCGCUGCCCAAGAUUUGUGAAGUGAAGGCUUGGCAGGAAGCUGCCGAGAUCUAUGCAGGCAGCUUGUGUGCAGAAUGCAUGCGUGCUGCUAUGGCCGUGUUGACGGAUUGGAAGCAAAGCCGCUCCGCUGCCUUCAACGAAAUGACUGGCAAGCCAUUCGUGGAACGUGAAACAGCAAAGCUGAAGCAGCAGAAGCAACAGCAGCAGCAGAAGCCGCAGCAGCAGCAGAAGCCACAGCAGCAGCAGAAGGAGGAGGAGGGGGGGAUGGAUACCAGCAGCGAUGAAAAUAGCGCAAGUCCUUCAUCAGAGCAGCAGGAAUUUUUGGCCGACUUUCCCAGGGGCCUUCCUGAAGACCUUAAGCAAGAACUUGUCAAAAAGAAGCCUUCUGACGUUUCGAAAGCGACUCAGCUUCUCCAGGAUGCCCUUGACAUGGAGCGACUCCAACUGUUGCUGCCUCUCUUCGUGGAAAGGGAUCGCUAUCUGGCGCUGCUGCUGCUUACAGCCCGUAAGCAGCGAGAGCUGGAGGAAGCCUCGGCGCGGCAAAAGCGGCAGCAGCUGGACACUCCGGCAAAAAAGACGACGGGGUCCUUAGGAUCAUCAGCUCCAAAGAAAGAUGCUACUCCAAGCUUCUUGAAGCGGCAAACGCCUGGAUUCUUAGGAAGGCAGAUGGAGCCGAAGGCAGCGCCCAAGCCGAAGGAGGAAGCAGGCACUUCGCAGCUACGGCUGUUCGCAGGCGAGGUUGCUCGCGCGUACAACGUUUUUCCCAAUUACCUCAUCAUCGGAGCGGCCAAAGGACUCUCCCCCGAGGCCCUUCCUCCACUGGACUGCCCACUCUUGACCGUUCUCAUGCGGAAACAGGACGGGCGCUACGUACAUUUGCUGUUGCUACAGUGGCUGCUACAGCAGUUGAGCGCGAUCGAUAUGCUGCACAUUGCCCUCACAUGCAGCACGUGUAAUGAAGUGGUGAACCUCUGCCUCCGGAAAACCCUUGCCAGUCUGCCUUUCCAGGCGGAAGCUGCUGUUUCAGACAUCGAAUAUUGGUUUAAUGCCAUUCGAUUCUUCUUCCAGGCCGCUUGUCAGGUGCUGCCUCUGGACAGGCUGAAGCACCACAAGGCCACAAUGUUAGCGCUUAAAAAGGCGAAAGAAACAUUCAUAGUGACAGCAGAUGGCAUGCAAGCCUCUGCCUUCGUGACUCUUGACCGGUUGACGCCCGACUCUAUUGCGUUCUGUGAUUCCGCAACUCCUAUGCGCCACAGUGCAGAUGCACGAAGGUGGGUUACUGCCAACAGGCCCCUUGAGAAGGAGUACACCUUUUCUCGCCCCUGCCUGUUUCAAAUUUUGUCAACUGGUUGGUAUUAUCAAAGCAUCUCUGCUGUUGCAGUCGUUGAUGCCUUUAUUCUUCCAGUAUUUGCUGCAGCCCGGUUGUACCCUGGCAUGCCUCUUGUUCUUUACCUUGGCAGUGCCUCUUGUAUUGUGGAGCCGCAGGAUUUUGGACAGUGCGGCGAAAGUGAGCGUCUCGGAAAUAAGCUUAGGGGAUUUUGUGGCAGAGAAAGCCGUGCAUCUGAUUAUGACAAGAAAAAAGGCCUGCGUGGCGUGCGACCUACGCAAGACACACAUGCAGCUGGAAGGGGAAGGGAUCUUUGUCUUCUGCAGAGCCUCAAACGGGCGGUGGAGAGACACAGCGGGACGGCAACGUUCCGCCGAGUUGAGUACCUUGCUUCACUUGGCUGCAUCGUUGAGCACCGCCUCUGGCUGCAGCUCGACUUGUUUUGGGGAUACAAAAGCCAACACACACGACAGCGUUGUCUUUUCUUCACGCUCGCUGAUCAUUUUAGAUGGGCUGCUUAA